GAUUUGCGCAGUGGAGAUCGGCCGCCAUCACUGCGUUCAAGCUAACGUUAGCCUAAACAUACUCGGAGGAGCGACUGGCACAACAUUACAAAGACUGACCUGCUCCCCACUGAGGAGGUCACCGAGUUGCCCUGCAGUUUUUCUCCUGGUGAAGAGAGCAAACUAGUUGUUGUCUUUCAUGUAGUCUUUAUGUCAACUUUGUAACGAAAGUCGUUCUAAGUAAUCAUGUCCAACAUCAAAGGCGGCACCAAGAAGGACACCAAGAUGAGGAUACGAGCCUUCCCUAUGACGAUGGAUGAGAAGUAUGUGAAUAACAUCUGGGACCUUCUGAAGAACGCCAUCCAGGAGAUUCAGAGAAAGAACAACAGUGGACUGAGCUUCGAGGAGCUAUACAGGAAUGCCUACACCAUGGUCCUCCAUAAACACGGAGAAAAGCUCUACACCGGCCUGAGGGAGGUUGUCACUGAGCACCUAAUCAACAAAGUGCGAGAAGAUGUUCUAAACUCCCUAAAUAAUAAUUUUCUGCAAACACUAAAUCAGGCUUGGAAUGACCAUCAAACUGCUAUGGUUAUGAUCCGAGACAUUCUCAUGUACAUGGACAGAGUUUACGUUCAGCAAAACAACGUGGAGAAUGUAUACAACCUCGGCCUCAUCAUCUUCAGAGACCAGGUGGUGCGUUACGGAUGCAUCCGGGACCACCUACGACAAACGCUGCUCGACAUGAUUGCGCGAGAACGGAAGGGCGAAGUUGUAGACAGGGGUGCUAUCAGAAACGCCUGCCAGAUGCUGAUGAUUCUUGGCCUGGAUGGCAGGUCUGUGUAUGAGGAGGACUUUGAGGGGCCUUUCUUAGAAAUGUCUGCUGAAUUCUUCCAGAUGGAGAGCCAAAAGUUCCUUGCAGAAAACAGUGCCAGUGUCUACAUAAAGAAGGUAGAGGCCAGAAUCAAUGAAGAGAUUGAGCGAGUUAUGCACUGUCUGGACAAGUCUACAGAAGAACCCAUCGUCAAGGUAGUGGAAAGGGAGCUGAUUUCUAAACACAUGAAAACCAUUGUGGAGAUGGAGAAUUCUGGCUUGGUCCAUAUGCUCAAGAACAGCAAGACAGAAGACCUCGCGUGCAUGUACAAACUGUUCAGUCGUGUACCGAAUGGCUUGAAAACAAUGUGUGAGUGUAUGAGCGCCUACUUGAGAGAACAAGGUAAAGCUCUGGUGUCAGAAGAGGGAGAGGGCAAGAACCCCGUUGACUACAUUCAGGGUCUGCUGGAUUUGAAGACUCGAUUUGAUCAUUUCCUCCUCGAGUCUUUCAACAAUGACAGACUCUUUAAACAAACCAUAGCUGGAGACUUUGAGUAUUUUCUCAACCUCAACUCCCGCUCACCAGAAUACCUGUCCCUCUUCAUUGAUGACAAGCUCAAGAAGGGAGUGAAAGGGUUGACGGAACAGGAGGUGGAGUCGAUUCUCGACAAAGCCAUGGUGUUGUUCCGGUUCAUGCAAGAGAAGGACGUCUUUGAAAGAUAUUACAAACAGCAUCUUGGCCGCCGACUCCUCAGCAACAAGAGCGUCUCAGAUGAUUCGGAGAAGAACAUGAUCUCUAAGCUAAAGACGGAAUGUGGCUGUCAGUUCACCUCGAAACUGGAAGGGAUGUUCAGAGACAUGAGCAUCUCCAACACCACUAUGGAUGAGUUCAGACAGCACAUACAAACCACAUCGGCGUCUCUAAGUGGUGUGGACCUCACAGUAAGAGUCCUCACUACUGGUUACUGGCCUACACAGUCUGCAACACCAAAAUGCACCAUCCCCCCUGCUCCUAGGCACGCCUUUGAAGUUUUCAGAAGGUUUUACCUCGCCAAGCACAGUGGAAGACAGCUCACACUGCAACACCACAUGGGUGGGGCGGACCUAAAUGCAACUUUCUAUGGAACUAUUAAAAAGGAGGAUGGCUCGGAGGUGGGUGUAGGUGGAGCCCAGGUUACAGGUUCAAACACCCGAAAGCACAUCCUGCAGGUCUCCACCUUCCAGAUGACCAUCCUCAUGCUCUUCAACAACAGAGAAAAGUGCACUUUUGAGGAGAUUCAGCAGGAGACGGAUAUCCCUGAGAGGGAGCUGGUGCGAGCGUUGCAGUCUCUGGCCUGUGGGAAACCCACACAGCGAGUUCUAACGAAGGAGCCAAAGUCCAAGGAGAUAGAGAACGGCCACGUGUUUACAGUCAAUGAUCAGUUUACAUCCAAGCUGCACAGAGUCAAAAUACAGACAGUUGCUGCUAAACAAGGGGAAUCUGACCCUGAAAGGAAAGAGACCCGGCAGAAGGUGGAUGAUGACAGGAAGCAUGAGAUCGAGGCGGCCAUUGUUCGAAUCAUGAAGUCAAGAAAGAAGAUGCAGCACAACGUCCUGGUAGCAGAGGUGACUCAGCAGCUCCGGGCCCGUUUUCUUCCCAGCCCUGUGGUAAUCAAAAAGCGCAUAGAAGGACUAAUAGAAAGAGAAUACUUGGCAAGAACACCAGAAGACCGUAAAGUGUACACCUACGUUGCAUAAAAGACAAACUAGAGUAGAAGGAAGCUGAAUGGGAUAGUUGGCUUUGGACGGUUGUUACGCAUGGACUACGUUUAUUUUACAGACAAUGACUGGGAUCUUAAUUCAUCGUCUCUUUCAAAGAUACAGUAAAACCUUCAUAAAUGGAAAAUAAAAUCUUAACGCAGACAGAAAAAUCCAUCAGAUGUUGUAGAUGAUUUUUAAAUCGGGCCCAGUCUUCCUGUUCCCUGUGAGUUUUUACAUGGACAGAUCCAGCUUCAAGCUUUUCACUGUUUUACCCUUGUAGAGAUUGAACUUGCAAAGAAUCCCUUGGGAAAAUGUGAAUGCACCACGUUCUUUUUUUUUUUUUUUGGUUGUUUUUGUUUCAGUACUGUAUAAAUAAAGUUAUUAAAAACUGGAAAAAAUGUGCAUUGUUGCAAAAUAAAGGUGAGUAUUGUUUAUCUA